AUGGCGACGCCGGCAGCGCGCUCUUACAAUGACGCGAUCGACGCGCUCAACUCGCUGCAAACGCCCUACGCCGUGAUCGAGGCACGCCGCAAAGCCGGCAUCCGGCCCGACGCCGCCUCCCUGCGCGAGAUGCGCGGCUACCUCGCCCGCAUCGGCUACUCGCCCCGCGACCUCGACCGGCUCAACAUCGUCCACGUGGCGGGCACCAAGGGCAAGGGCAGCACCUGCGCCUUCGUCGACUCGAUCCUGGCGCGCUACCGUGCGCGCGACGGCGGCCGCCCGCCCCGCUCCGUCGGCCUCUUCACCUCGCCGCACCUGAUCGCCGUGCGCGAGCGCAUCCGCAUCAACUCGGCCCCCAUCUCCGAGGAGCUGUUCGCCAAGUACUUCUUCCAGGUGUGGGACCGCCUCGAGGCCAACGCCCACGUCGCCGCCGACGAGGCCGCCCCCGGCUCCAAGCCCAUCUACGCCCGCUACCUGACCCUGAUGAGCUUCCACGUCUUCCUGUCCGAGGGCGUCGACGUGGCCGUGUACGAGACGGGCAUCGGCGGCGAGUACGACGCGACCAACGUGGUGGAGCGGCCCGUCGCGAGCGGCAUCUCCACCCUCGGCAUCGACCAUGUCUUCGUCCUGGGCGACACCGUCGACAAGAUUGCCUGGCACAAGGCGGGGAUCAUGAAGCACGGCAGUCCCGCGUUCACCGUCGAGCAGGUGCCGGCGGCCGCCGAGGUGCUGACACGCAGAGCCCUGGAGAAGCAGGUGGAUCUCAAGGUGCUGGACAUCGACCCGCGGCUGACGGCGGCCAAGAUCCGGCCCGACGCGAAGUUCCAGAAGAAGAACGCCACGCUGGCGGUGGCGCUGGCCGAGACUGCGCUGAGGAAGCUGGACCCGUCGUUCGCGCCUGACCCGGCGCGCCUGCCGCGCGAGUUUAUCGACGGCCUGGAACAGGUGGUCUGGCGCGGCAGGUGCGAGGUCAAGGACGGGGACUGUGUCAUCUGGCACGUCGACGGCGCACACACGGUGGACAGCCUAAAGAUGGCGGCGCGGUGGUUUGUCGGGGAGUGUGCCGGCCGAGCGGAGGGCGGCGGCCCCAAGGUGCUGAUCUUCAACCAGCAGGGCCGCGCCGAGGCGGUCGACUUCCUCGAUGGGCUGUGCCAUACCGUCAAGAACGGAGACCCGAGUGGGAAGGGAUUCGAACACGUCAUUUUCUGUACCAACGUCACGUAUGCUACGGCGGGCUACAAGAGGGAUUUCGUAAACCACCAGCACGACCCCGCAGAGAUAGAGAAGAUGACCAUGCAGCGCGUGUUCGCCGACAAGUGGAGAGCCCUCGACCCCUCGGCGAACGUGAUGCUCAUCCCAAGCAUCGAGGGGGCCAUCAACACGGCGCGCAGCUUCGCCAAGGAGGGCGGGCCAAAAGCGCAGGUGCUCAUCACCGGCAGCCUGCACCUGGUCGGCGGCGCGCUGGGUAUCCUCGAGGGUGCAGAUGCUCUUUGA